AUGCCUCUCCCACCUAGAACCUUUCUUACCACCCUCAUAGCUACCGCAAUCGCUACUGGGGACCUCAAUCCCGACGCGCAACACGCCUAUUCCCCGACACAAGGAGGCCAGGAUACAUGCAAACCCUACCAAAAGUAUAAUAAAUACUUCCAAUCCGCCAGUAAGAAGUACAACAUUAACCCCGCCAUCUUAGCCUUCCUCGCCAUACAAGAGUCGACCUGCAACGCAGACGAGGGAGGUCCUACUCCUGGUCUCAUGCAAUGCGACUCCGGGAACUGCCAGAACGGCAAGUCCAGUUGCCAGUACCCUCUGCAGGACCAAGUCGACUGCGGAGCUUGGGUUCUGCGGUCCGGCCUUGAUCGCGCUAACGGCAACGCCGUCCGCGCCCUCGGCGCUUACAACGGCUGGUUUACCGCAGCGGACCAGUGGGGCUAUAACGGCGGCAAGGGCCUGACGCUAUCCUACCCCUGCUCUGACGAGGGCAAAAGCAAUGGUGUGCCUCAGAAUCUGGAUUAUCUACACCAGACGCUCAACGGCUGGUUCCAAGGUCUCGAUAUCUAUGGCAAAGACAGCCAUCUCGGGGGGAAGUACAACUGCCAGCAGAAUUGCAAUGAUGGCCUUUGUUGA